AUGCCAGCCCAACAAGUGAAUCAAGGGGAAGGUCCCGUGGUAUCUUCCUCUCCGCCUACUUCUGCAGAACCUUGUACGACAGCCACUCCAUCCGAUGCUCCUACUACUAGCAUUACUGCUGCCUCUAACUCAACGGUCCACAGCAUGUACCGUCGACGACUGUGGAGUUUGGGUAGCAUGUGCAUGGUGGGAAUUUUCAGUUAUCGAGGCACAUCGACCUUUUGGAGUCGUCACACCAAGUUGCAGGGGACUUUGGACUACAAGACGGAUGCCGACUAUUCUUACUACAAUUUACGAGAUGAAGAACAACAACCUACCGCCGUGACAGCAUACGGUCCCCUCGGUGCCUUGCGUUGGAACUGGACCCAUUUACCAAUUCAAUCUCAAAUCGCCAAGGAAUUUUACAAACAUCAGACCAACUGUGACUUGCCACUGCAUUAUUUCCCCAGUCGUAAUGCCGCCGGAUUGGGCUCUGAUUUGCACGUGUACGGCAUGGCCCUCUGCAAUGCCCAUCGAAACGGGAAACGAAUGUUUACGCCCUUUCCAUGGAUGUACGUGAGUCACGAAGAUUGCGAUCCCAUUGCCACGUCCAAUUCCGCCAUGGGUUGUUAUUUCCCCAAACUCGAAUUGCAAUGUCCGGGAGAUGAAGGACGAGCCAUGCAAGUAUGGAAUGCCAGUCGCAUCAUGGCCGAUGUCAAUCCACGCCUCCACAGAUUAAUUUGGGAAACACACGAAGACAUGUCGUGUUGGAGUAUGCUCAAACGACCGGGGUAUGAAGGACUGUUCAAUAUUAUGGAUGUCCGGUCGGCCAUUACCGAAUUGGUAUUUUCGGCUGUUUCACCACUUCUCCUCAAAGAAGCACAACGACAACACCGAAAAGUAUUCCCCAAAGGUGCUCCACCACCGCAUCAAUUGAUUACCGUUCAUAUUCGAUGGGGCGACAAGGGCAGUGAAAUGCGAUUGCAACCCGUCCGCAAAUACAUUAAAGCAGUCCAAAAAGUCGCCCAAGAACGCCGGUUGUUGCCGCACGAAGUGCACAUUUUCUUGGCAACCGAAGAUCCACGAGCGGUCCAAGAGUUCACGCAAUUGUCACCCAAAGCCUGGAAUAUUCACGUCGAUCAAUUCAUGUACGACAUGUUGCCGCAUCGCAACAAUCGGACCAUGGAAGUGGCGGGAGCGGCAAAGAGGGGCAUGGAAAAAACGGGAUUGUGGGCCCUCGGGAGUUUGCUCGUCGCCAUGGAAGCUGAUAAUUAUGUACUUUCGACCGGGAGUAAUUGGAGUCGAUUAAUGAACGAACUGCGAAAAGCUGUGGUGCGGGCGCGGAAAUGUCCCACGCCGCAUCAUCACUCGUUGAAACACCACCACGGACUCUGGAACAAUACCAGGGGGGAUUGUACUACCUUUUUGGAUGUCCAACCCUCACAUUCCCCCUACGAAACCGGCGACAAUGAUCCACGACAAGACAAGCAUUCCCUCAUUCUCAGCAAACUCAAAAUGCUACGGGCCAAUCGCGGUAACGGACAAGGGGGUGUCAUUGGAUUUGGACGGCAUCGCAUUCCCACGGCGCCGCCACGGAAAUGGACCGAAUUCAACGAAAAUGCUCCUCGCAUCAAACCCGAUUCGUUGGUCCACAAGGAAGCUCACAUUCGUCGGGUCAAGUAUCCUCGAUUGCAAAAGCGGUUUCCGCGACGAAGACGACGAUUAUUCAAUGUGCGGUAG